CCAAACCCGGAAAAAACACACCAUGGUCCAAUCUUCCGUUUUAGGUUUCCCCCGUAUCGGCGCUCAGAGAGAGUUGAAGAAAGUCACCGAGGCCUACUGGUCCAAGAAGGUCUCUGUCGAGGACUUGUUGGCCAAGGGUAAGGAGAUCAGAGCCCACAACUGGAAGUUGCAGCAGGACGCUGGGGUCGAUGUGAUUGCGUCCAACGACUUUUCCUUCUACGACCAGGUGUUGGACUUGUCGCUCUUGUUCAACGUCAUCCCCGACAGAUACACCAAGUUUGGCUUGGAGCCCAUCGACGUGUUGUUCGCCAUGGGCAGAGGCUUGCAGAGAAAGGCCACCGACUCCGAGGCGGCCGUCGACGUGACGGCCUUGGAGAUGGUCAAGUGGUUCGACUCCAACUACCACUACGUCAGACCCACGUUCUCCAACUCCACGGAGUUCAAGUUGAACAGCGCCGCCGGCCUCAAGCCUGUGGCCGAGUACUUGGAGGCCAAGGCCCAGGGCGUCGAGACCAGACCCGUGGUGCUCGGUCCAAUCUCCUACCUCUACUUGGGUAAGGCCGACAAGGACUCGUUGGACUUGGACCCCAUCUCGUUGUUGGACAAGUUCUUGCCCGUGUACAAGUCCUUGCUUGCCGAGUUGUACAAGGCCGGCGCCAAGACCGUGCAGAUCGACGAGCCCAUCUUGGUCUUGGACUUGCCCCAGAACGUGCAGGCCUUGUACCAGGCCACCUUCGAGCAGUUGGUUGGCGAGGGCUUGCCCGCCAUCACCUUGACCACCUACUUCGGCGACGUCAGACCCAACUUGGCCGCCAUCAAGGCCUUGCCCGUCAGCGGCUUCCACUUCGACUUCACCAAGGCCCCUGCCCAAUUCGACGAGGUGUUGGCCAUCAUCGGCGACAACCAGACGCUCUCCGUCGGUGUUGUUGACGGCAGAAACAUCUGGAAGACCGACUACACCAAGGCCUCGCAGCUCGUGAACAAGGCCAUCGCGAAGUUGGGCAAGGACAGAGUCGUGGUCGCCACGUCCUCGUCCUUGUUGCACACGCCCGUGGACUUGGCCAACGAGUCCAAGUUGGACCCAGUCAUUGCCGACUGGUUCCAGUUCGCCACCCAGAAGUUGGACGCCGUCGUGGCCAUUGCCAAGGACGUGUCCGGCGAGGACGUGUCCGAGUUGUACGCCGCCAACGCCAAGUCCAUCAAGGCCAGACAGGAGUCGUCCAUCACCACCAACCCCAAGGUCCAGGAGAGAAUGGCCACCAUCAACGAGGCCUUGUCCACCAGAAAGGUGGCCUUCUCCGACAGAUUGGCCGAGCAGAAGGAGAAGUACAACUUGCCUUUGUUCCCCACCACCACCAUUGGCUCGUUCCCCCAGACCAAGGACAUCAGAAUCAACAGAAACAAGUUCACCAAGGGCACCAUCACCAAGGAGGAGUACGAGAAGUUCAUCGAGAAGGAGAUCGAGACCGUCAUCAGAUUCCAGGAGGAGGUUGGCUUGGACGUCUUGGUCCACGGUGAGCCUGAAAGAAACGACAUGGUGCAGUACUUCGGCGAGCAGUUGGACGGUUACGUCUUCACCACCAACGGCUGGGUGCAGUCUUACGGUUCCAGAUACGUGAGACCCCCUAUCAUUGUCGGUGACGUGUCCAGACCAAAGGCCAUGUCCGUCAAGGAGUCCGUCUACGCGCAGUCCUUGACCAAGUUGCCUGUCAAGGGUAUGUUGACCGGCCCCGUCACGUGUCUCAGAUGGUCGUUCCCAAGAGACGACGUCUCGCAGAAGGUCCAGUCCUUGCAAUUGGGUUUGGCCUUGAGAGACGAGGUCCAGGACUUGGAGGCCGCUGGUAUUACGGUCAUCCAGGUCGACGAGCCUGCCAUCAGAGAGGGCUUGCCUUUGAGAGCUGGCCAGGAGAGAUCCGACUACUUGAACUGGGCCGCCCAGUCUUUCAGAGUCGCCACCUCCGGUGUCGAGAACUCCACUCAGAUCCACUCGCACUUCUGCUACUCGGACUUGGACCCUAACCACAUCAAGGCCUUGGACGCCGACGUUGUUUCCAUCGAGUUCUCCAAGAAGGACGAUGCUAACUACAUCAGAGAGUUCUCUGACUACCCUAACCACAUUGGUUUGGGUUUGUUCGACAUCCACUCCCCAAGAAUCCCAUCCAGAGAGGAGUUUGUCUCGAGAAUCGCUGAGAUCUUGAAGGUUUACCCAGCCGACAAGUUCUGGGUCAACCCAGACUGCGGUUUGAAGACCAGAGGCUGGGAGGAGACCAAGGCCUCGUUGACCAACAUGGUUGACGCUGCCAAGGAGUUCAGAGCCAAGCACUAAGUUUGAUUUUACGCCAAAUCAACGCCCCACAUCACAUGGGAUCUGCAGUUGAAUUCGAUUCAGUUCUUAUUUGCUUGCCUGUAUCUUGUCACAUUUAUUCAACAUUAAUGUGAUUAUCAUGACAUGAAGAUCAUGACUUAUUUUGCACAAGUUUUUUCAUUUUUCAUUUAGCUUUCAUUGGGG